AUGCCACCUCGGCCACGCCUUCGAGUGCCUGAUAGGACAGUCCGGGUUGCGACGAAGCGACAUGAUGAAGACGCGCCUACGGUGAAAGGGGAGGUAGCAAGUGUCGAAGGAUUCGUACCCGUCGCAACUAUACCUGCUCGACCCAGACCUGUCCGCAAACCGAUUCGGCGUGCAGCGUUGUCUUCUCUCCCGCCUUCAUCACCUCCACUUCUAACUUCAUCUCAUGAACAAGUACCUCCGGGAAAUAUGGAGCCUGCCGUGGCAGCUGUGGAUGAUCCUUUUGGGUUCUUCGCUGCGGAGAAAAGACUUAAGGAGCGCUCGAAGGAACAGAUGGUGAAUAGGGGCAUUGCUGACGGGAAGGAGAGGAGGGUACUCCAACCUCGCCAGCUGCUCGACGAGAACCGACCCGAGUCUGUGUUAGCUGCUAUGGGCAUUCGGACUGGUAAACGUCUCGAACUGCAGCAGUCGCCAGAAAAAGAAGACAAAGAGGUUGGGGAAGCAAGCGACGUCGACGACGGCAGACCCGCAUUUGCAACACCACCAAAGGCCGACAGAACAGACUCCGACCUCGAGUUCGACAUGAGCAAAUACGUUUCAGGCACAGAGACGCCUGCAGGGCAUACUCCCGAUCCACGUGCGGCCACACCUCGUCAACGACGGAAGAAAAAGAGGAAGCUCUCCUUAACACCGAAUUCUUCGUCCAAGUCACCAAUUCGUGGACAUGACGAAUUAAGUUCUGCUCUACAGUCACCUUCGCCGCUAAAACGUCCUCGCGUGACGAGGCGGCCCUUUGCUGACAUGCAGCCUCGGGAUAAUACGCCAGUGAAGGCUACAUCGAAACAGACGAAAGGAGGAAAGCCAGUUUAUAAGACUCACAAGACGGACGAGACACUGGCAGAGGAACACUUCGAUGGUAUGACGGAAGCACUGAAGGAGUUACUUCCUCGGAGACCAACUCGUAAGGCAACACAACGGAGGAGUACUGUUGCAACAAGAGCCGUUGCACCAAAGAAGACGAGGAAGAAUGCACGACAAACCAAGCCCCGGUCAAAGAAGCCUGUCAUGGAGCGCGUUGAAGAUGGUGAAGACUUCCAAGAGAAGGAAGGAGAGUCAUUUGUUCUAAGUGGAGAGGAACGCGAGAAAUUUGAAGUUGCACGAGAAGCACGCAAGGAAUACUUCAAAGAGGUUGACGACUAUGUUAUGGAUGAAGAGAGCAUUUUCAUUAUUUGA